UUUCCCACUAGGCCACUAGUGCAGGCUCAGAGCAUAAGUAGCAGCAUCCCAUUUGUCCAACUCUUUCAGCAACUAGCUAAUGGACAUAUACACAUUCAGAAAUGUCCUCAUUCUCUCCUGUCUUUUCUCUCUACCAUCCAUUUCCAAAUCUUGCAGUGCAGUAGACAAAGAAGCAUUACUAGACUUCAAACACAGGAUCACAUAUGACCCCUCAAAUCUACUCUCUACUUGGACGCCUUCCUCGGAUUGUUGCAAAUCCUGGAAGGGUGUAUCUUGUGAUUCCACUGGCAGAGUCGUGAACCUCUCUCGUUCCGGCCUCAUCGAUGACUUCAAUGAUGGCCCCCUUGACACAUUAAUGUCUGGGACUCUGUCGCCGUUCCUUGGCAACCUGUCAUCGCUCCAGCUUCUCGAUCUUAGCAACCUCAAGGAAUUAAAAGGUCACAUUCCGCCAGAGUUUGGCAAGUUGUCGCGUCUAAAACAUCUCUUUCUCAAUACAAACAAAUUGACUGGAUCAAUUCCUGCUACAUUCCGUUCCCUCUCUCGCCUUCAAAAACUCUAUCUAAAUGCGAAUUCUCUUUCAGGUAUUGUCCCUUCGGACAUUUUCAAAUCAUUUACUUCAGUUUCAGAACUUGGGCUUUCAGGGAAUAAGUUAAUUGGUCCAAUACCUUCUACCAUUGGGAAGUUAAGUCUGGUCAGGAGCCUUGAUUUCCAUGACAACUAUUUUUCGGGUAGUAUUCCAGAAACUUUUGGCAAUCUCAAAUACCUCCAAUAUGUUGAUUUCUCUGGAAAUCAAAUCACCGGAAGUAUACCAAAUUCCAUUGGUGGACUCUCAAAAUUAGAAGUAUUGUACCUCAACCAGAACAAGCUUACAGGGAAAAUUCCCUCUUCCAUAUCUGGACUUAAAUCUCUCCAGUUCUUUCGCCUUUCUGAUAACAAGCUAACUGGGAACAUCCCAGCAGCCAUUGGUCAGCUACCGAAGAUUCAGAGGCUAAUCUUCGAGAACAACCAACUCAGCGGAAAACUUCCUGACACCAUUGGACACCUCACAAAUCUGACAGAUUUCUAUUUCUCCAACAAUAGGCUUACAGGCCUUAUCCCAUCAAGUUUUGGCAAUCUUCAAAACCUUCAGGUACUGGAUUUAUCAAGGAACCGUUUUUCAGGUCCAAUCCCUCCUCAACUUCGAAACCUAAAAAAUUUACAGACCAUUGAUAUUUCCUUCAAUCCUCUCAAGCUUGUGAGUUUGCCUAUCUGGCUAUCAACACUGGAUCUACUUCAACUACACAUGGCAGGCACCGGAAUCAAAGGCCAGCUUCCGCGGUGGCUAGCUUCAUCAUCAGUAUCAACACUUGAUUUAUCAAGCAAUUCACUGACAGGAAAACUCCCUACUUGGAUUGGAAACAUGACCAACCUUUCAUUACUCAACUUAUCAAAAAAUGCCUUCCAUUCAUCAAUACCAGCAGAGUUCAAGAACUUGUCACUUCUAUAUAGUCUUGACCUUCACUCCAACAAGUUCUCUGGCAACCUAAACCAAAUUUUUACUAGAAAUGUGCAAUUCCCACGGGGCGUUUAUGAAUCCAUUGAUCUGUCUCAUAACCAGUUUAGUGGACCUAUUGAUGAGAAUAUUGGAGAGGAAGUUUCUAUGGCUAAUGUCGCGUCUCUGAUUCUAUCAAAUAACUCACUGGGAGGAUCAAUACCGAAGUCAUUGGGAAAACUAAGUGAACUUCAGGUACUAAAGCUAGUGAAUACUGGGAUCACAGGGGCAAUACCAGAGGAGAUUGGAAAUCCAAAGAGGCUGACCACAAUUAUCCUGUCAAACAACAAAUUAAAUGGCACCAUCCCGAAAAAUAUUCUGAAUUUGGAGUUUUUACAAGAAUUUGAUGUGUCUCGAAAUCGGUUAAGUGGGAUGAUUCCACAGCACAAAGCUCAUAUCCCAGUAUCUGCAUUUCUGGAUAAUCCUGGAUUAUGUGGAGCACCACUUCCUCCAUGUAAGCAGUCUUGAAGCAUCUUUAUAAGACUUCUCUGAUACUUUAAAUUUCAUAGUUCAAGUUUUGUGCC